CACCCAGAAUAACAACAUGCAGCCUCAAAAUCUCACUGGUGUGAAGGUGCAAGUAAAGCAAGAAAACUUAGACCAUGCAUCAAGCAAUAAUUGUAGAUGCAAGGCAAAUAUGCCCAGUGACUUAUCACAGUCUGGUCGCAAUCACAGUGACGAGUGUCACCGGAGCAAUCCCAACUACAAUCAGCAAAAUGCAUCUCAACAGUUCCCGAACAAUGCAACCAAUUAUAGUGGCGGAGCUUCAGGCUCUAUGUUGCAAGUGAAGGAGGAGCCUGGCACACAGCAUCCUGUCAUCAAACAAGAGCCAUCGAAGGAGGAAACUAUGCCGUCAGUGAGUGCCAUCAAAACAGAAGCUGUGGAACAGUGUCAAGUCAAAACAGAGCCUGGUACAACAAACACCAGCGAAAACAUAGACGUGAAGACUGAAGUUGACGAUACGAGGAGAUGUUGCGAGAUCGACGGCGGCGGAGACCGGCGGCCCAAGGAGACGUCGCCGCAACCGGGCACUAGCUCGGGCAGACCGAUGGCUGAGAACAGACCAACUAACAAUCAGGCGCAGGAAACGCAAACGAACGAGGGGUCGAAUGCCGGCGGCGUGCUAUCCGCUCCUGACCUACAACUAGAUUGGGUGUCAGACUCUAGCUCAGAUGACGGCGUCAUGCUUGUGGGUGAUGAUAACAACGCCCAACAAGAAGUGAUCGACCUGACGGGCUCCCCGGGGCGCGGCUUCCAGCCGGGCGCGACGCAGACGGGCGAGGCGGCGGAGCUGGCGGGCGCGGGCUGGGCGGGCGGCGCGCGCCUGCUGCCCGGCAUCCCGCGCCGCGGCGUCUACCCGCCGCAUCUGGCGCACAACGUGUCCGAGAUACCGCCGCAUGCACAUCUCGUACGCACCAGGGUCCGCGUGGGCGCGUGCGGCGGCUGCCGGCGCUGCUGCUGCGGGCACGCGGGCUGCGCGUGCUGCGGCGCGCCGGCGCACGCGGCCGCGCACGCGCCGCCGCACGCGCACCCCUCGCACCACCACCACCACGCGCCGCCCGCGCACAUGGGUGAACGUCGUCGUGACGGCAUGUCGGUCGCUCCGCCAUAUCUCGUCCACGAACGGCUCUGGCAGCGGCAGCACCAUAUGAUGGAGUUGCAGCGUCGCAGUAUGAUGGGCGACAUGGGCGGCGGCUUCGGGCCCGGCUUCGCGCAGUUCCCGCCUGUUCCGCUACCGCCUACGACAGUGCUCGGUUUCCCUGAUGAACUGCAGCAACGUGAUCUCGGUGCAGGACCACCACCGCCUAUGAUGCUCGACCGGCAACACAUCCACCACCACAUGCAUCACUACAUGCAGAUGCACCCGUCGCCGCCGCACCUACACAUAUCUAUCCAGCCGUCCUACAUGGGGACGGGUGCUCUAGCGGCGGCCAUGGUGCAGGUGGCGGAGGCGGCGGAGGCGGCGGAGCGGCGCGCGUGGCGCGGGCGCGGCGCGUCGGGCGCCGUCAUCGAGCGCAACACCUACCGCCACGCCUACCGCCCCGCGCCGCACCAUGUCGACGAGAAGUGCACCAUCUGCCUCUCCAUCUUCGAGGUCGACUCCGACUGCAGGCGGUUGCCAUGCAUGCACCUUUUCCACAUGGAAUGUGUCGAUCAGUGGCUUAGCACCAACAAGCACUGCCCCAUCUGUCGCGUGGACAUCGAGACACAUCUCAACAAG